AUUUUUUGGGCGGAUCUUUAGGCGCCUUCUUACCAAAUCAUCCCAGCUCGCUAAAGGGGAGGGAGAGAUCAUUCAGAUGGACGCUUGUCAUGGCCCAUGGACGGUUGCAUUAUCGGUGGUCCCAGCUGGAAGCUGACAAGAGUGGGCUGAAUGUGGGUUCACCUGUGCGCCCGUGGCCCAAAGUGGACAGGACGCUUGCCCUGGAACCCAAGAUCCAACGUGGCCACGAUGCAGCGCGUGAGAAGGCUUUCGGCAGGUGCAAGCACCUUUACAAGUGCUGUGACUACAACACAUUUUACAAGAAUGGAUCCUUGAAGCUAACGGAAGUUGAGCUUUUUUUCCUCAGCUCUCACAUGUCCAAAGACUCUUCGCGCGAUUGGGCGGUCGUCUAUUUGGGCGUUGGCAACGGUGAGCGCUUCCGCUUUCUGCGGGAUGAGUUCUUCCCGCAUCUCACAGUGGUUGCCUUUGAUCCUUUGGACAAGUUCUACACGGGUUCCAGAAGUUGGGUCUGGAAUUGUGCGCAGCGGUGGAAUCAGGACGGCAGCAACUUUAGCUUCUAUGUGCGUUGCUUCAAUGUUGAAGAGGACAUCCCUAUGAUUCGGGAAAUGACGAAUGGAAAGCGAUUACUCAUGAUCUCUGACAUCCGCGGGGUGGCCCUCACCGAUGACGAGCACUUCGACAAGGUACAGGACCAGGAGGUGCAGUGGCAAGCCAUCCAAGCACUGCAGCCCGAAAGCUCCCUGGUAAAGUUCGCUCUGCCACAUGUAUGGGAGCAGUUCUAUGACUAUGCCCCUGGGGUCUUGCUGAAGCAGACUUUCUGCAACUUCGGCACACUUGAGCUCCGAUUGCUCGUCAGUGGCGUCCCUGCGAAGAGAUACAGUUAUGAUGGCUGGGACAUUGUCGAGAAGAUGACCUUUCAUCACGAACACUUGCGAGGGCAAGUGUACAGCAGUGGACUGCGACCAAAGUGUUUGGAUGGCUGCUUUGAUUGCAGUGUUCUGAUGGAGACACUGGCAGCCUAUGCUUCCAAGAGCAGCCUGGAGCUGGCUUCCAUCACAGACAGCCUUCUGAAGUUCCAUGUCUAUUAUUGCAGCGGCGGCGAGGAGUGGGAGAAGUUCAGCUGGAUUCCACCAAGUAUCAUCGAGCGCUGGCAAGUGGUGCUGUGGGGAUUGAAGCGAGGAAAUUUGAGCGAAGCCAUCCUGGCACUUGAGGUGGAGGCGAAAGAGGGUGAAGAGGAUUUGGACGCUUGUUUGGAACAUCUUUUGCAUCAUCAGCCCUUCUUAGCGCAACGCCUGGCCAAAGAGCCAACCCUCUCCCGGGCCGAGCUGGCGGAGGUUUUGGGCUCUCUCUCGGAUCCAUUGACCCUGAUAGUGCAAAUGGUGCUGAUGACUUGCAUCCUGUCACGACGUGAUGCUUUGUAAACAGCUUAACGCAUUUGGACC